GCAUAUCAACAGCAACACAAUUAGGCUUUCUAGCAUGACGGUGCAUGUAUGUGUGUUUUCCGACUCGUGACGAGGCUGUUGUAAAGCGCUACUGUAGUUUUGUAAGUAGCUUUGGGAGAUCUUUUCGUUGAUUCAUUGUGUCGACAGUGCAGCUACAUUCCCGUUAGCAAACAGCAACUUUUUUGGUACAAUGGUUUUCCAGUAUUGUUGAUGCUGGGCACAAAUCAACCCUGCAAUAUUCUUGAAAUCUGGAGGAAGCAUGACCGAGCGAGUGUUCAAAAUUCUUGUCAUUGGUGACUCGACGGUGGGAAAGACCUCAUUUGUGCAGCGCUAUGUAAACAACUCAUUCACGAAGGAUUACAAGUGCACUAUUGGUGUUGACUUCUCUCUGAAGGUGAUCCAGCGGUCAGAGAAUGAGACCAUUCGUUUGCAACUUUGGGACAUAGCUGGCCAGGAGCGGUUCACGUCCAUGACUCGUGUGUACUACCGGGAGGCUGUUGGCUGUGUUAUUCUCUUCGAUAUUACCGCACCCAAGACAUUCUACAAGGUGGUUGACUGGAAGAAUGAUUUAGAUUCCAAAGUCACUCUAGCCAGUGGCAAGAACCUACCAUGUCUACUUCUAGCUAAUAAGUGUGAUCUGCCAAUACGACCCAUUAGUGUGGACGAGAUUGAACGCGUCAGCAAGGAACGGGGCUUCCUGCGCUGGUCUGAGAUCUCGGUGAAGGAUGAUGUCGGUGUCACGGAGUCGAUGAACUAUCUCGCCGAGGCAAUCCUGGCUGACAGCGAAGACACAGUGAGGUCUAGUUCCGAUGGCAACCGUGGGGCCUUCAUUCACCUUCGCAAUCAGCAGGGCAAGAAAGACCCGGAUGAAGGCGGCUGCUGUGUCUUCAGCUAACAUUACUGCACGCCGAUUCUAAUCCAUGAUUCUGAUAAAAAAUCCAUCAAGAUAUAAACGUUUUUAAUCUAACCUGAUUUUGGUCAAUUUCUCCCAGAUGCUCAUUUUUAUUUUAUCCUAUCCUUUUCCGAAACAUGUACUCGAAGCACAUGUAGCAUUCUUGGCAGCAUGCGAAUUGCUAGGACAAUCCUGCGCUGGCCACAUCGUAUGGUAAAUAGAUGUUUUUUUUAAUGACAGUUCCGUCAAUUCCUUUGCGUCCAGCCUCUGCUUCCCUGUACAUAUUAGUAGUACGGUAUCUCUUAGUCUUUGUACUAUGCUAAUGAUUUCUCAUCUUCAUGCUGGUCAUGGUAUCAUUUUUCUUGCAGCCUAGGUUACUGCUGCAUAGUUGCCUCCAGGUUUGUGUCUUGCAGCUUGCAGAGCAUACAGACUUUCAUUUGACAAUAGCUUAUCCUGCCCUUGUUUAUUACGGUGUUGUCCGGAUGCUGCUUGGCGAUAGCACUCUUGUGAACACCUGCACAAUCAUCUUGAGUCACCUUUGACGGACUCGUCUUGUUCUAUCUCUUUUAGCCUAUGCCGCCUGGCUGUAGUACCAUGUAACAUUAAUGUUCAUGCGAUGUGCUAGUACCAAUACCUGUAGUUCUUUCUGUCUGCUUGAAGGAAUUCACGUACCGAUGGUCUACAUUUA